AUGGAGUUUUUGGGGCUGAAAUCGCACAAAAAGCACCAAAAUCAGCUGAGAAACCCCUUAAAAAAGAGAAUUUCCUGGGAACGGCAGCGCAGCCUCCGGAGCGAUGGCGCCGCUGCAGCUCCCCCCCAGCCCCUUCCCCGCCGCCCUCGCUCCACGGCCGCCUCCUCCUGGCUGCGCUGGGUCCCGUUCCGCGGCCGCGUCCCGCCCGACGCCGUGUCCAGCCGCAACGGCCGCUCCGGCCGCGCCGAGUUCGUCUGCUCCACGCGCGAGCGCGGCUGCAACCUGGGCUCCUUCGACCCCGCGCGCGGCGCCUUCUGCUCCUUCCCGUGGAACGAGCGCGAGCUCCGCGCCGCCGACUUCCAGCUCCUGCUCAACCCCGGCGGCUUCGAGGCGCUCGACUGGGCGGCCGCGUCCUUCGGCGAUGCGCCGCCGGGCGCCGUUGAGGGCUGUCCCCUCACCGACCUCUUCGUGGGCCGCAGCCCCGACGGGCUGGGCAAGGCGUCCAAGGAGCAGCAGGCGCUCUUCGUGGCCGUGGACGGUGAGGAGGUUUGGUACAAGUGGUACGAGGUGCUGGUGGUGCGGCAAGGCCCGGCCGCCGUCGCCGUCGACGAGGUGACCUACAACGGCACCGCGGUGGAGGAGAGCGCCGAGGACGUGGAGCUGGCCGAGGCGCCGGCCAGGAACGACGGCUGCGAGGCGGCCGCCACGUGGGUCACCUUGGAGGAGGCCACCGAGGUGGAGCACGGCUGGAGCGCCGAGCUGCCGGCGCUGGCGGCCGCCCGCGGCGUUCUCCGCGCGGCCCCGCUGCUCCUGACCGAACCGGGCGGCUGGGAUUUGGGCAACGUCACCACCCUGCCGUGGGUCGGCGGCGCCAGCGUCGUCGAGUUCGUGUCGCGCGUGCACCGCAUCCAACAGGAGAUCCCGGCACGCUCCGAGUGCUCCGUGGUUCUCCGCGGGCUCCGGCGCCGGAUCCGCGUCCCCUUCUGGGCCCGGCUGACGCGGGAGUUCCGCUCGGGACCCCCGCACCGCGUGCCCGUCGCCGGCUGGGCGCGGAGCUGCGCCGUCACCGGCAUCCGCGCCGGCCUCGAGCGCUGCCGCCAGCUCGCUGAGCUCCCGCCGUGCCCCAGCUGGGGGUGAAUCCCUGGAAUUCUGAUUUCCCCCCCGAAAAAACCCCGAAAAUCUGUGGAAACGCUCGGCUUCGGCGUGGGCUUCGGUCGUUUCGGGUUUUACGGCAUAAAGUUCGCCCCAAAACGCAGGGAAAUGGGGUUUCUGGUGAAGUUUCCUCUUUUCUCCUCAAAAAUCCAACAAGAACACCAGGGAACCCAGGGAAACCCUUGGGAUUUGGGAAUUUUUUCCCGCUAUUUUUCACUUUUCUCCAUAAUCUCCAUCCCUGUCUGGAACAAAGCUGGGAAAUGUGGUGAAAUUUCCAGUUUUCUACCCAAAACCCCUCACGCACCACCUCAAAAUCCAAGAAAAUUGCUGAAUUUUUGGGAUUUUUUUCACAGUUUUUCUCAUUUUCAAGGCAGAACCUCCUGUCCAAGACCUCAAAAAAAAAGAGUGG